AUGGAUCUGUUGCUCCUCCUUAUCUGCCUCGUCCCAGCACUUGUCAUGCACCUCAUCACCCUCGGGGCAUGGCUCUUCGCGCUUGCCAGGUCCUUUGCUCAAGUGCACUAUCUGCUGUCCCUCCGGCUCCGCCCCUCGGUCGCCUCGACUGUUGCUCAAACUGCAAUUUUCAUUUUAAGGCUGCCUGGUAUAAUUCUCAGAGGGGUCGUAGGUUCUAUCCCCUUCGUCGCCUCGAUUGUUGCUCAAACCGCAGUAUUCAUUUUAAGGCUGCCUGGUAUAUUUCUCAGAGGGGUCAUGCGUUCUAUUCCUGCUGCCAAUUUUUGUCUUAAUCUGCUGAGCGCAAAAAUAUUACACCCGGUGUUCUUUGGCUGGGCGCUUGAUAUCUGCACUUCAGAAAUGUUUGGUGCAACAAUGUCCCAGAGGUUCAAGCUUAUGCUUGCUUCAUCUUUUGCUUCAACUGUCCUUCAUUGGUAUUUUGGAUGCAUCUUUUGGCACCUAGGCCUUAGAUUCUUCAGACUUCUUGAUAAGAUACUGAGGCCAGGAAUUGCCAUUCCCUUUGUCCACUAUGAAGCUCACGAACCAUUCUACAAAUUUUAUUUCAAGAAGCUUCAUGUUCCUUUUGUUGGAAUCAUCUCUAUGGUUUUGGCCAUUCUUGUUCCUAUUCAAAUUGGCGGGCUAUUGGUGCCGGAGUUGUUCCCAUUUCAUAUCACCUACUUCAGUUGUGGUGCAAAGGGCAUAUCAUUUUGGCAAGCACCACGAAACUAUGUCGAUUCAGUUUCUCAUGCUCUUCUUCUGAAGUUUCUCAUUGAUAACACUAAGACACUCGUAUACCUUGAGUGGUUAGUGAAGAAGGUAACCCAGUAUUCCUUUGUCACUGCUGGACAUGCUCUAGGCUUGUCAGAUUCGUUGAGUAUCUGGCCCGUUGGUGCAUCUGGACAUGAUGAGAUUGGGAGUAGUGUCGCACCAGAAGACCAGUAUGAUAGGAUCAAUGAAGCUAAGGAUGGAAGGAGAUCAGUUGCAGUUGCUACAAUCCUAAGUCUGGUGCUUGCAUGGUUGACUAUUGUGGUAUUCAAUUUGGCUGUGCUCAUUUUUCCAAUCUCAAUUGGGCGUGCCAUCACUCGGCUGCCACUAGCAGGUGGACUGAAAUCCGAUGAUAUGCUUGCUUUGGCUAUUGGAUUUGGCACCAUAUCAACUGUUAUUGCCGCCUCUAGAGAUUCAUUUGCGUACGUGACUUCUGGGAGAACAGACCUUCUAGCCCUGAAUCGCUAUCUGGUUGUGUUCUUAUGGCUUGUCAUCGCUCCUUUCCUGACCGGGCUGUUGGUUGAUUUAUCACUAAUAUCACCAUUCACUGGGCUUGCUGAUGACGUUCCAGUUGUAGGCCUUUCCUACUAUUGGAGCCUGGGGUGUCUAUCUCUGAAAAUCUGGGGGAAGCAGGCUCGUCGGACAAGGGCCAGAUGCUUGCGAGCCUAUUUCAUCGACGAAAGGUGGGGCCCAAAGCUUAAUCAGGCAAAGGCGGAUUGGGAUUCAGGGAUCGCACCAAUGUGGUGGUUCUUGCAAGAUGUGUGCAUUCCUAUCGUCACGAAGCUGCUCGCUGCUCUGGGUGUUCCCUAUGUGCUUGCCAAGGGGGUCUUCCCAAGAUUCGGCUACUCCGUUGCCAUGAACUCGGCGGUGUACCGUUUCGUGUGGUUGGGCAGCCUCGGCUUCUAUCUCGCCAAAGCGUUGUGCGCCAAACUCCAUGAUUCUAUCAGGGACGCCCGCUAUGUCGUCGGGCAGAGGUUGGAGGAUGUCGCCGACGGUAGCUGA